CCUACCGUACGUACCAAAACAACCUGUCCCAAACGCACUGUUAUCGCGCUAGGGUCAAUAAAUUUGCUGGUAUUAGUCAUAUAUAAAUACAGAGAAGCUCCUAUACCGCCGAGUUCGGGUAUUUUUCGGCCAAAAUUGCUUCACACUAUGUUCCAAACUGAACUGAACAGGUUCCAACUCUAAACUAAUAAUAACAAACGGUUGACUUUAGUGUGACAGGCCUUCGUCCACCCUUGGCGAAGAAAACGUGAUUCUGCGUAUUCAAAGGGCCAAUACAGGGGAAAAGGGCCUUCUUCGAUAUUUAUAAUAACUGUGUCAGUUCAUGAUGGGAAGGCGAAAAUAGAAAUCGACAAGGAGAAGGACGACGACGGCUGUCACUUGUAGCAAACUCAGUUCAGUGCGCUCGAUACGGUGACAAGUCGAGUGUAAACACCUGGAGAACUAGAUUGCAACAUUUUGCUUCGCUGCUUAGAGCUUUUGGCACGAAGUCUAUGAAUCAAUAACGCGGAAUCAAAGUUCUUCGCCGUCGAUGACCUCGUUCCGCGCGAAUAAUAUGAUAAGAAAAGAAAGCGUCCGGUCAUAGUCCAGCAGCAGCAGCAGCAGCAGGCACAGCGAGCGAGCUUCAAUUCGAUUCCGUACACCUUAUCGCGCAGUCCACCUAUUAGUCCGCACAGCUGCUGGAAGCCUUAGGUAGAGACGAAUAGUAGCAAUUACAAUUACGAUGCCGAACGAGCAGCUAAUCGAUAGCAGUAAAGAUGGUGACGACAGGGGUCAGCCCAGUGCGAUUCUGCCGACCACUUCCGGUUCACCGGAAGAACAGCAGCAGCAGCUGCCGGAUGAGCUCGCAGUAGAAGCAGAUGGAACGCUCAAGGUCAACACGGAUGAGCUGUAUCUGUUUGAUACGCUGAUCGACCUGUGCAAGAACAACAUCAAGUACUUUGAGGACGAUGAGUCGGAGAAUGGGCUGCGAAUCCACGGUGCGUUUGUCGGACUGAUUGACCACGUCGUGACGGCCAAGCCACUGGUCAAGGAGGUGCACGACUUUGCCCACGAGUAUGACUUUGACGAGAAUACACCCGGGAAUGGGUUUCGAAGCUUCCUGUACGUGGUGGAAUGCUGCGUAAAGACGACGCUGAAGCUGGCAAGGUACGUGAUGGAGAACCGUGGCACGAUGAUGUUCCGGAAGGCGAUGUACGUGAAGGAAGUGGAGGCUUACAACCAUCUGCUGGCAAGUCUGUGCACCUGCCUCAAGCAUUGUCACACGCUGCGUCGAUGGACCGAGCCGGGUCACCUGUUUCCGGACUCUCGUACCGUCGAGGAACUUUUGGGCAAGGCGGAGACCAUCAACCAGUUCUGCUUCUACGGACGCUGUCUCGGGUUUCAGUUUUGUGAAUCGAUGAAGCCACUGCUCAAGUUUAUCUCGAUCGGGAUGGCCGGAUUUUCCGAGGGUUACUACUCGGAAGGGGGGAAGAUCUCCAAAGCAACCAGUCUCAUGUUCACCAGCACAAAGUACAUGCUUGAUCCGGAGCUUCGAGCGCGUCGCAUUGUCAACAUCUCCCAGCAUUCGAACGUUGACUUUUGCAAAGCGUUCUGGUUCCUCGCCGAAUCCGAGCUGAUGCAUUCCCUGCCGUCCUUUGUCGGGUUCAAAGUGAAGGUGAGUCGAGUCAUCACGAUUCCUCCCGAACCGAUCGAGCUGAAGGCGGAGAAAUCCGAUGUCAUGAUCAGCAUUCCGAUACCGCAGAGCCACUGCGGGGCAGGUCCGGUCAAAGCUCGACUGAUCAGCGCCGUCAAGCGGAAGGGAAUGAUCGGUGAAAAGGUCAACACCCGCAGCACGAUUCAUCCACCGUCCGCCGGGCUGAUCUUCCACUGUCACGGAGGUGGCUUCGUCGCGCAGAGUUCCAAAUCCCACGAAAGCUAUCUUCGGGAGUGGGCCGUCUCGCUUAACGUGCCCAUUCUGUCGAUCGACUACAGUCUCGCGCCAGAGUUCCCUUUCCCACGGGCGUUGGAGGAGGUUUUCUAUGCGUAUUGUUGGGCGCUGAAGAACUGUGAACUGCUGGGAACCACAGCUGAGCGAAUCGUCUUUGCGGGAGACUCUGCCGGAGCCAAUCUGAACCUGGGCUGCGUAAUGAAGUGCAUCGAGAUGGGUGUGCGACGUCCGGACGGUAUCUUCCUUGCGUACUGUCCAACGCUGAUCAGCUUCGUGCCCAGUCCAGCUCGCAUGCUCUGCCUGAUGGAUCCACUGCUGCCGUUCGGCUUCAUGAUGCGCUGCUUGAAGGCUUACGCCUGCCCAACAAAGGAAGUGCUGGAGCUGAACCGGAAACGACUCGAGGAACGACUGGCGAUCGUCAACGCAGGGACUCAACCAAAAAAGGUCGUCUGCAAGGUUGAGGAAGACAACCGCUCCGAUCGUUCCGAGUCGCCCGAAAACUCCGCGUGGGAUACGCUCAACAACGUGCCGCAGCAGCUGAACAACCAGCAUCUGAGCCCGGUGAGCGACACCGUCAGCGAUACGCUCGCGCUCAAGAGCCUGAACGUGGCCGGCAACACGAUCGACCUCAGCCCGGACGAGAGCAAUACGAUCACCUCGCUCGAAGAGGACUCGCAGCCAAUCACGCUGCAGCAGGUCGCGCUGAAAACUGAACACAGCAACGUCACCGUGAUGGACGAUCUGGACCUGGACCUGCCGAGCGACAUGAGCUCCGAGCAGAACACGAACAAGAACGUGUCGGACUUCAUCGAACGAUACGUACUGGACACAACCACAAAUGCCGCAGGGGAAAUCGAACCCAUUCUGAGGGCCCUAUCGCCUUCGGCUUCCGAGGAGAACGUCGUGCUGGACAUUGGCAAGGAGACCAUCAGCGUGCAGAACCUGCAGGAAAAAGUCUCCAACGUGGCAAGCAACCUGGUCAAUCGCGUUUCCUCAACGUUCAGCGCCAUCACGACGUCGAAGCCGAUCGCGAGCAGCGGCUCGCAGUCCGAGUUCCAGAGCAACCUGGACGCGCUGAUUGCGCGCAGCCCGUCGGACGAGUUUAUCUUCGACGUGCCCAAGGAUUCCCAUCUGUCGCCGUUCUGGGCCACGGACGCGGUGCUGAGUCAAUUUCCGCCCACGAAAAUACUUUCGGUGGUGCUCGAUCCUUGCCUGGACGAUUGCGUCAUGUUUGCCAAAAGACUGAAGGCGCUGAACAAUGCCGUCUCGCUGGACAUUCUGCCCGGGUUGCCGCACGGUUUUCUCAACUUUGCUUCUAUUUCCAAGGAGGCCCACGAGGGUUCCAAGACGUGCGUCCGGCGGAUUGCCGAGUUGCUGGAGCGUCCCGUCCUGACGGAUGAGGACGAGAUUCCGCCGCGGAACUGCUGUUAGCAGUUGCGGCGCUGCCUCGACCGACCAACGACCAACUUGUUGCGGAAGGGUAGUGAAAGCAUCGCCAGCGUGUAGAGAACGUCUCUGAAAGAGGAAAGACAAACAAAAACAAAAGCUUUUAUUAGUAAACAAACAGCUUCUUAAGACGCUACUUUCUUAGAAAACUUGAAAAGUUUCGCACUUUUACGCAAACAUUCGCUUUGAUAAAUUAUACACGUGUAAAAAAAAACAACACCGCAUUUUUACCCUUUCGACAAAUCUUAUUUCCGGCAGCUUUGUACCGUUUUAUAACCUAUACAAAACACAUUUUUGCAAAGGAAAUCUAAUUUCCCGCCCCUGAAAAGAUAACAAAUAAUUGGCCUUCCGUUUUGGGUCCAACAUUGUUUGCGUGCCGCUUCGCGACAAACGCGUUAAAAUAUUUGUUAUUGUUAGCUUGUAACGAAACAAGGAAAACACACUCACAUGUUAUUAACAAAAAAAAAGAAAAAAAUCAGCUCAACUUUUCACGAAAUCGGUGAAGCAAUAACGCCAGUGAAGUAAACGAAACAUUCACUAACACAUACUCAAUUAGAGGCACUUGAAGCAAUCUCGUUUGUAACAAUCAUGUUUUUUUACCUAUUAUUUGUUAAUGUGUUAAAAUCUGUUACGAAUGUGUGAUCCGUUAUCUACCUUAAACUCUGAAUGUCAACAAGUAUUAAAACGAAAACAAUAGCGACAAAAUACCGAACAAUAACAAUCCACCUGUGCGUUGAUUCAAAAUGUGUUUUGCAGUGAAUCAGUCUGAUGUUAAACUAUUUUUUAACUAAUUUUAUUUAGCAAACAAAAAUAACAUAGAUGCUCAGUGUAGACUAGCAAAUAAAAAAAAAUCUCCAGUGCAAUUGGCUGUUACCUAGAGUUGAGGCUUGUUAAUUUGUUACCACGUGUGGGGUGCUAAACGAACCAAAGAACACGAAACGCUACUGAUUUGGGUAUUUCGGUAUGAUUUUGCUGAUGUGUGAAAAAUAUAAAAUUAAUCCUUCCUAAAUAAUGAUAUGAACAUACACCUAUAUAUUUACAAGGUUCGGUGAGUUUGAGAUUCAAAAGACGCAACACAUCACAUUAUAAGGGGGAGGGGAAGAAAGGAAGAUAAAAUUUAACUAAACUGUGUGUACCUAGAUAUUAACUAAACAUUUCAGAUAUUACUCAUUUGUUAGAGUGUAAAGCGAUUAGGGUAAAGGUUACAUAUUUCAAGUGUUGAAGUAAAUUUACACAUUGUGAAACAAACAUUACAUGGAACUAAUGAAUAAAACUACUUCUGAUUAACCAUA